AUGCACACGCCCUUCAUGGACAAGAGCCCCCACCGCCGGGAGAGCGCCGGCGGCCGGCUGAAGCAGCGGCUGGCGCGGAUCCUCACGCGCUCCACCUGCACCACCAACGCCACGUCAGCCACUGCCGCCGCCGGCUCGGGCGGCGGCACGGCAUUCGUCAGCCUCGCCAAGACCAACACCAACGCCAACACCGACUCCUCCCACCCGCGGGAACCGGAAGCACCGCCCUCCCCGUACUUCUGCACGCCCUGCACCUACGAGCGGCCCAAGGCCGUCGACGGCGGCACCCGCCCCCGCCGCCGCAGCCGCAGCGCGUCGCUCAUACACAUCUCCGUGGACUGCACGGGCGGGGCCGGGGCCGUCUCCGGCCGCCGCUCCGUCCACUCCGACGUGCCGCUUCUGCAGCACCUGUUGUCGGUGCCGGCGAGGGACGUAGUCAAGAAGCAAAGCAAGGGCGGGAGGAAGCCGCCGGCGUGGUCUCCUUCGGCGUCGAGGCGGCACUGCUCGUCAUCGUCCUCCUCCUGGGGCCGCGCGCGGCGGCCCAGCAGCACGCCCACGCCGUACAGCUGGUCGUCGUCUUCGUCCUCCACCGCGACGGACGACGAGCUCGCGCCGUUCAGCGGCAGCGGCAGCGGCAGCGACGAGGAGGGCGGCGAUGAGGCUGAGACGAGGACGCUCUUCUCGUCCCUCAGCUUCUCGUCCGACUCCACGUCCGAGUUCUACCACACUAACGGCGGCGGCGGCAACACCAGCAGGCGGAGUCACAGGAACACGAUGGCUAGUCGCAGUCGUCGUCGCCGCGCGCCACGGCGUGCGCUGUCAAGGACCAGCGACCCGGCACCGCCCGACGCUUUCCGGCCUCUGGUGGUGUCCGUGGAGACGAAGAAGCAGCACAGGGAAUGCAACAACGAGAGGAACAAGGAAGAGAAGGGUCUCAACGUCGGGAAGCUGAUGAUGGGCGGCACGGCCGUGGAGGAGACGACCGCCGGCGGUGCGGGCAUGGCAGUGGUGAAGCGUUCGAGCAACCCCUACUUGGACUUCCGUAGUUCGAUGGUGGAGAUGGUGGUGGAGCGGCGCAUCGGCAGCGUGGCGAAGAUGGAAGAGCUCCUGGGGUCGUACCUCUCGCUCAACUCGCCGCGCCACCACCCGGCCAUCCUUGCUGCCUUCGAGGACGUCUGGGAGGCCGUCUUCGGCGAGGAGUGA